AUCAUGACUCGUCUGCUGCUCGGAGCCGUGAUGCUGGGGAACCUGGGAGUCUGCGUCGCUGCACAAGUGAUGCUCGCUCCACCUGCUCAGGUGAGGUUCGACUCUGUGGACUAUCAGAACAUUCUGCUCUGGACUCCGCCCACAAACCAGACCUCGCUGAAAUACUACAUCCAGUGGAAGAUUUACGGGGAGCCUGAGUGGUUGGAUGUGGACGGUUGUCAGGGGAUCCAGAAGCCUGAGUGUGACCUCAGUAAUGUGACCUCUGACCCCAGGGAGUGGUACUACGCCAGAGUUCACGCCUCCUCUCUGCCCUCCAACAAAUCAGCCUGGGCCCUCUCCCCCAGAUUCAACCCCCGCGGGGACACUACGAUCAGCCGACCCUUCCUGCGGCUGAUUGUCACAGAGCAAGGGAUUGUGGUCCGUGUGAAGCCCCCCCGACCGAUGGUCCAGAAGAUGCACAGCAGUCUGUUCUACAACAUCUACCUCACACACGCCAGUGGAGAGGAGGAGGUGUAUGAGAUGAAAUGCUGUUCCAAAAAACUGACUCUGAAGGAGCUGAAGCACAAAACAAAGUACUGCGUCCAGGCCGAGGUCGAGAUUCCCUUCCAGGACAUGAACAGCGACCGGAGCCUCGUGAAAUGUGCCACCACGCUCUGA